AUGGCUAAGGAACUGACGCACCGCCCCAAGAGACGAAGGGCCAGAAAAGAGAACCCAUAUCCUGAUUUAGCGCUUGACCGAUGCUACCUUGCGGAGGUUCCACUUGAGGUCUUGUCCAAUAUCCUUGGAUACGUCUACUCGAUCGACCUCCUCGCUCUAUAUCGCACGAGUACGUACUUUCAUAGGACUUUAAAAGAUCCCCAGCAACAGCACAUAUGGAAGAAUGCACGUAUCUGCUUUCCCCACUUUCCCAUCCCCGCUCCUGUUCGCAUAUCAGAAAUACGAGUGGCAUCGUUAUUAUUUGACGACACAACAUGCUCGAUUUGUAAACAAGUGUCGAAUAUACCACUGGUAAGCCAUGUGUACCCCACUCGCGUUUGCAAUGGAUCCAGUUGCAGAAGGCAACUCGACGAGCUGUACGAGUCUCCGAAACCUGAGCAUUUGACCCUCAUAUCUGGCGUUGUUCCGUCAAGAGAGAUUAUCAGCGCAGAGCCACUCGGCUUCUUUCACGUACCGUCGUUAAUAUUUCACAGGAAAAAGACUAUUUGCAGAAAAAGUGAUAUAGAUAUGGUCAUGAAAGACAUCGAUGCAGGCAUGGAGAAAGCCGAAUUGCAGGUCAAGUAUGAAUGCACACCCGAACAGACCGCCGCUUUCAAUUGUUACAUGAUUCAGCUCCAAGAAAUUUCUUCCAACCUAAUUCAGCUCAAGAGUAGAACCGAUAGUCAAACAAGGAAAUUCGCCAAUAAGAAACUGUCCGACUACAAAGGGAAAGAAGUCCAACUAAGCAACAAACAUAUUACCUCGGCUACCAAUCUAACAAUAUUCCUUCAAGACUGGAAUUCGAUACCUCCUCGAGCACCAACUCAAAACCCUGCCAAGCCAGAAUUGACUAUUGGGCAGAUCAUCAUAAAAGAAAUGGACGAAAUGGUCGUGAAAUUGAAGCGCAGAAAAGACGAAACGGCCCUACGGAACACUCGAGAGGCGGUGAAGAAUCACUGGCAAGAAAUGAUGAACGCCUCUGGCAUGUCUGGUCAAGCCGGGUCCUGCGUACCAAGGUGGAAUGAAUUUGCAUUGCUCCCCGGUGUGAAUUCGCUAUUGAAACCCAAUGGUCAAGAUGGUGCUCUCAACGUCGAAGACCUGCAGAACAAAGAGUCGACAUUAACCAAGAUGGUACAGUCGAACGUCGACUCCUGGAAUAGUCGUACACAAGGACAUUUCCGAAAGAUACUCAAGGUACCAAUUUCUAAGAAGAACGAAGUCCCGGAGCCUGGUACAGUGCCGCCUCUCGACCGCGUUACGGCUCUAUUUGAGUGUGCCAAGUGCAAAUCUGUUGGUUUGGGUCUCGCACAAGAAGGGACUUUAACAUUCAAGUCUGCGGUCAAACACCGGUGCCCGGGGACAUCCGCAAAGCACUUCCAGUGGACUACAGAGCUUUUCAAGCCCGACCAAUAUGGAAUUCAAGUCGCCCAACAUGCUCUUGCUUUGGCUGGGCUAGUUGAAGAUAAGACCAAACGGUCUGACAUGGAUGACAUUGGACUACGAUUCCUCUGCAAGUUAUGUACGGGGAAGCAGCCUAUUUAUCUGGAAUACCGCAAUCUGAUCGGUCAUAUGAAGAGACACAGUGCCCGCGAUCUGCAAGGGUCGUUCGAGUACUUGGACGAACAUCCGAAACUCAGUUCGAGUAUUCCGUCAAGUGAGGGGCUCGUUGAAAAGCGCCGACGAGGGGGCACGAAGACGAAAGGCUUUACCAGUCACCCCAAAUCCAACGACUUUUUCACAUGUCGACACUGUGAAAAGUCGAUGUUAUGGAACGCACUUGUGUCUCAUGUCAAAGCGAAACAUACCUUUUCCGAUGUUCGCGAUGAAGAUUUCUAUCCCAAUCCCAAAGAAGGCUACUUUGGUUGUGGGGCUGGUCCUGUAUCGUAUGUACCUGAACUCAGUGAUCUAACCACCAAGUAUAUGCUUGCUCUGGCCAGCCUAGCACCACCUCAACAGCAAUACCCAGCCCAACAGUAUGCACAACCACCACAGACCCCAUACCCCACUCUAGCCAGAACACAGACAUAUUCAGGCCCAGCCCACUCGGCACAGGCAGCUCACAAUAUAGGCUAUUCUCCUGGUCAAAACCGCUCUGCUACUGAUCUCAUGGCUGCUCAACAGCAGUAUCCCCCAGGCCCCUAUCCAGCUCAACCCUAUGCUCCCUAUGGACAACCCGCACCGCCUGCUCAGGCCCCUUUCUCUCCGUUUGCCCAGUCAUCUGCAUCUCAAUAUCAACAGCCUCCAGUCACUCAAGCAAGUGCGUCUCGCUUUCAGCACCAGCAUUCCCAGUCGGUCCCAGCAUAUCAGCAAACGUCCGCUUUCGCACCCGCACAGCAGCCCGCAGCUGGAUAUGCACCACAGCCUGGUGCCGCACCAGCUCCCAAUGGCAUUGCAGGAUAUCCCUCUGCUCAACCCCCUGGGCCAUAUGGAGCAGCCCCUGCGUCCCAACAGCCAGCAUCGUUCCGCGCUACACAAAGUGCUGUGCCACCGAGGAAUUCGGUGUUUGUCCCACCAGUUUUCGGAUCACGCGCGCGUUCCGCCGAGCCCCCACCCGAUUUGAUACGCGCUCCCACCGUUGCUUCAGCAAGAUCACUAGAUUCGGCCUUGGUCAAUAAACGACCGCUGCCCCAUCCAGCUAUGGGCGGUACCGGGUCGCUUCCAAGUGUGCGAGAGCGUGCUAGUACACUUGAAGGGAGUCCGGGAAACAAACAGUUUACAUACCCUGGGUUCGAAUCGCCUACCAAAACAGGCUAUAUACCAUACAACCGCCCCAGCCCCUCGACAAUAUCACCAGCUUCUGGCUCGCCCCCUAAACCAACUUAUGCUGCUCAACCAUCUGCAAAUCCUCGAACUGCCCCUUUUGAUCCUUUCAGUGCGUCCAGGAUAUCCCAAAUGGCUUCGUCUCCUCCAAAACCAGGGCCAAGUUUUGGCACCCAACCUGCAGCCCCACCAACAGUGGCACCCCCUCCGCCCUUUGCUCCCACCUGGCCUCAAGAGAAAGCAACUAAACCAGAUUUUUCUCUGACGUCUUCAACGAGUGCCCCAAGUUUACUUCCGGCAUUACGCGACUCCUCCACAAGUCUUACCUAUUCUCCAUCGAAACCCAUGACACCUCCAAAUGCAAAGGCGUCUCUACCUAGCGAUGACGAUUGGGCGGAAAGAUCAAAGGAGUGGAGCCGAGAGAGGGACCGGGCAGAGGAUGCGAUUGCUCGUGCUCAUGAAGCAGGCCGAUCGUUUCUACAAGAUCGCGGGGUAACCCAGCCAAAGUCAGAAGCAGCGGCGAUCGCCGAGGAGUAUCUUGCUAGGAAAGGGCUCUCGCCAACAAGAUCCAACCCCUCACCCGAACGUUCUGCUCCUACGGUAAAAGAUUACGCAUCUACACCUCCGACUAGGCGAUUUCAACCCCCUGAAAAGACCAACGACAGCUGGAGAUCGAGCACCCUUGGUCGGAAGGAUAGAUGGCCAGACCAAAAAGGUGAUUAUAUGGAUCAGAAGUGGACGCAACCUGGUCGGCGACAAGGAUCUCCUGAGCGGGGACAGAGUCCCGAGCGGCAACAUAGCCCGGAGCGUCAAGGAAGAUAUUCUUCACCAGAGCGAAGGACUAGCCCUGGUAAUGGCAGCGGAACCUCGCCCAAGCCCCGAUCACAGAGAACGUUCCCCUCGGAUGGGGACUACACCCAACACAGAUCCAAAGAAACAUUCAGAGCAAACGGUUCAGGUCGUCAUCGGCAUCAAUUCUCCGAACCAACUAGGUCCCCAAGGGAAGAAUACUACGAGACUACGGAAGAUGACUAUGAUGAUCGACCGCCGCCUCCGGAGGCACGGAGGAGAAGCCAAGAAAUUGGUAGGAGUCAGGAUGAAGCAAGGCGAAGUUAUGAUGAGGGAAGGAGUCACGAUGAAGGAAGAAGGAGUCAUGAUGAAGGAAGAAGGGGUCACGAUGAAGGAAGGCGAAACCACGACGAAGUCAGGCGGAGCUAUGAUCAUGGAAGGCGCAGUCCAGAUGAAGAGCCCUAUGAAUAUCAUAGUUUCGAACAAGCACCUCCUCCAGGACGUGGUAACUAUGACACUUGGCAUGCCCAAUCUAGGAAGGAACGGGAUCAAGAUCCGCGACCUAUUCCCCAGGACCUCCGUCGUUCGCCAUCUCGGAAUGGGCAUUCAAGCCCAGAGCGUACUUCUCGACAACCCCCACCUCAACAACGUCCACCUCCUCAGCCAUCUCAACAACAGCCUCGAUCUGCCAACACUCAACCAUCACGUCCUCCGACUGUUUCCCCAGCUACAAGUCCCCGGGCCCCCAAUGGUCAACCUCCACAACAGUCCCAACAACGCCAAUCAAUGGCGAUGAGGAUGGCAGCUCAAGCUCUGGCCGACGAAGGUGGGAAACCGCGGCCAAGUAAUGUACAGCAACCCCCGCGUGGCCCAGUGCGACCAGAAACUAGACAAGACACGUACGAAAGAAGGUCCCCAGCCCCUGUGGCGAGGAGAGAGCCUCCCCCUCGCACCCCCUCACCUCCCCCAAGUGAAACUGAAGAAGAAUAUGAGGAGGUUCCUCCUCAGUGGCGCAAGCCGCCUACUCCUCCCUCCCCUAGUAAAGAACUAGCAGGCACGUCGCCCAGGAAAGGUCUGGCUCGUGUUCCACCCCCUCCUCCGCCUCGGCCUCCUUCGGCAAUCACCAACCAAGAGGACGAAUACAGAUAUGAGUAUGACGAGCCGUAUUGGGAGCAACCGGUCCAAAAACCAAAGUUGGCUGACGUAUUGCCAAAACGCGAGCCGCUCAGAGAGAAUAUUCAACCGGCACUCACCCGCCCUCGUCCACCCGCCCGCAGGGACACCAGCCCAGCUCGCCGGGAGCAGACCCCAGUACAGCGAGAGCAGACCCCAGUACACCGGGAAGCAACCCCAGCACGCCGAGAAGCAACUCCGGUACGCCGAGAAUCCACACCAGUGCAACGAGCAGCAACUCCGAUAGGCCGAGAAGGAACUCCAGCGCGUCGAGAUGCCAGCAGGGAUGCGGCACUCCGCAGGCCUGUUCCUCCGCCCCCACCCCCUCCCGCUCCAAUGUCGCCCCCUCAACAGCCCCAACAGGUCUCGCUGGCUCGGCAGCCUCCGCCUCCUCCACAAAUUCAACCGUAUCCUCAACAAGUCCAGCGGCGUCCUUCCCCACAAAGUCAAGAGCCACCUCCCCCACAGGCCCAGGUCCCACAAGUGCAAGAGCGUCCCUCCCGAGUACAAGAGCGUCCUCCGCAAGCGCAAGAACGUUUCCAGCAAGUCCACGACAGGCCAGCGCCCGUUGGAUCUCCCAGUCCAGCGCGAGCUCCCGCGGUUAUGCAUCGGGCCGAUGACCCAGCGCCUGCACCAGGUAUACCGUCCUUCUCGUUCGACUUGGCAGACGAACCACCCCAAUCCGUGGGGCCAAGUAUCAGCGUUACUUCUCCACGGGACGCUGACCCGGCAGGCCCACGCAUACAUGUCGACGGACCUGAACCUGAACCUCCGAGCAUCAGUAUCAUUGAAGAUUCUCGCCCACAACUCUCCAAUAACCGAUCUGAUUCUCCCGUGCGCCAUGGAAGUGGUUUGAGGUGUGCUGGAUGUGAUGGGGCGAUUGCUGGAAGGAUUGUUAGUGCCAUGGGAUCCCGAUGGCAUCCUCAUUGUUUCAAGUGCGACGAUUGCGGAACACUGCUCGAGCAUGUAUCGUCCUAUGAACAUGAUGGCAAGGCUUACUGUCAUCUGGACUAUCAUGAUCGAUUCGCACCGCGCUGUUAUCACUGCAAGACUCCCAUCGUCGACGAACGCUUUAUUGCCCUCGAUGAUCCUGCAUUAGGUGGCCAACGAUAUUACCACGAACUACACUUUUUCUGUGCUGAAUGUGGUGAUCCAUUCCUUGACCCAAGUGCAUCAUCUGCUGCGCCUCCAGCUGCUCGUGGCCAUAUCUUUGGUGAAGGAGAUGGGGAUGACGAUGUUGGGUUUACUGUAUUCAACGGCCAUCCGUACUGUGAAUCCUGUCACGUUAGACUCCGCAUGCCCCGGUGUGGAAGCAGCUCGAAAUCAGGGAGGCCCGGUCCACCUGGAGUCGGAUGCGGUAAGCCGAUUCGUGAGGAGGCAAUCGAGGCUCUGGGGAGGAAAUGGCACUGGAAAUGCUUUACUUGUGACUCGUGUAAGAAACCAUUUGAAGACCCAAGCUUCUUCCAAAGAGAAGACGCUGCGUUUUGCGACCCUUGUUAUCGAAUUUUACUUAAAAAUGAAUUCUAA